GUUGGGGGCGCCCAUGCCCCCCACCCCCGCCGGCAUGGCUCGGCCGCCGCCACUCCAAGAGCUGCCCCCUGGCUAUACACCCCCAGCUCGAGCCACAUCACCCCAGAUCCUAGCUGGGAGCCUGAAGUCUCCACUCUGGCUUCGUGCUUACUUCCAGGGCCUCCUUUUCUCACUGGGCUGCGGGAUCCAGAGACACUGUGGCAAAGUGCUCUUCCUGGGCCUGCUGGCCUUUGGAGCCCUGGCACUGGGUCUCCGCGUGGCCAUCAUUGAGACAGACCUGGAACAGCUCUGGGUGGAAGUGGGCAGCCGGGUGAGCCAAGAGUUGCAUUACACCAAGGAGAAGCUGGGGGAGGAGGCUGCCUACACCUCCCAGAUGCUGAUACAGACCCCACGCCAGGAAGGGGAGAAUGUCCUCACACCUGAAGCACUGGACCUCCACCUCCAGGCAGCCCUCACCGCCAGUAAAGUGCAAGUAUCACUCUAUGGAAAGUCCUGGGACUUGAACAAAAUCUGCUACAAGUCAGGAAUUCCCCUAAUUGAAAAUGGAAUGAUUGAGCGGAUGAUUGAGAAGCUGUUUCCGUGCGUGAUCCUCACCCCCCUCGACUGCUUCUGGGAAGGAGCCAAACUCCAAGGGGGCUCUGCCUACUUGCCUGGCCGCCCUGACAUCCAGUGGACCAACCUAGACCCAGAGCAGCUGCUGGAGGAACUGGGCCCCUUUGCCUCCCUCGAGGGCUUCCGGGAGCUGCUAGACAAGGCACAGGUGGGCCAGGCCUAUGUGGGGCGUCCCUGCCUGCACCCUGAUGACCUCCACUGCCCACCUAGUGCCCCUAACCAUCACAGCAAGCAGGCUCCCAAGGUGGCUCAGGAGCUGAGUGGGGGCUGCCACGGCUUUUCCCACAAGUUCAUGCACUGGCAGGAGGAAUUGCUGCUGGGGGGCAUCGCCAGAGACCCCCAAGGACAGCUGCUGAGGGCAGAGGCCCUGCAGAGCACCUUCCUGCUCAUGAGUCCCCGCCAGCUGUACGAGCACUUCCGAGGCGACUACCAGACGCACGACAUCGGCUGGAGCGAGGAGCAGGCCGGCACGGUGCUGCAGGCCUGGCAGCGGCGCUUCGUGCAGCUGGCUCAGGAGGCCCUGCCUCAGAAUUCAUCCCAGCAGAUCCACGCCUUCUCCUCCACCACCCUGGAUGACAUCCUGCACGCUUUCUCUGAAGUCAGUGCUGUCCGCGUGGUGGGAGGCUAUCUACUCAUGCUAGCCUAUGCCUGUGUGACAAUGCUGCGCUGGGACUGUGCCCAGUCCCAGGGUGCAGUGGGCCUUGCAGGGGUGCUGCUGGUAGCCCUGGCAGUGGCCUCGGGCCUUGGGCUCUGCGCCCUGCUCGGCAUCACCUUCAAUGCUGCCACUACCCAGGUACUGCCCUUCUUGGCACUGGGCAUCGGUGUGGAUGACAUAUUCCUGCUGGCACAUGCCUUCACAGAGGCUCCCCCUGGCACCCCUCUCCAGGAGCGCACAGGCGAGUGUCUGCAGCGCACCGGGACCAGCGUUGCGCUCACAUCCAUCAACCACAUGGUUGCCUUCUUCAUGGCCGCCCUCGUUCCCAUCCCUGCACUGCGGGCCUUCUCCUUGCAGGCGGCCAUAGUGGUCGGCUGCAACUUUGCAGCUGUGAUGCUUGUCUUCCCGGCGGUCCUCAGCCUGGACCUGCACCGGCGCCACUGCCAGCGCCUUGAUGUGCUCUGCUGCUUCUCUAGCCCCUGCUCAGCUCGGGUGAUCCAGAUCCUGCCCCAGGAACUCGGGGACAGGACGGUCCCUGUGGGCAUUGCCCACCUGACGGCCACAGUUCAAGCCUUCACCCACUGUGAAGCCAGCAGCCAGCAUGUGGUCACCAUCCUGCCACCCCGCGCCCACUUGGUGCCCCCACCUUCUGACCCACUGGGCUCUGAGCUCUUCAUCCCGGGAGGGUCCACGCGGGACCUCCUAGGCCAAGAGGAGGGGCCCAGGCAAAAGGCAGCCUGCAGCUCCCUGCCCUGUGCCCGCUGGAACCUUGCCCAUUUCGCCCGCUAUCGGUUCGCACCCUUGCUGCUCCAGUCGCACAGCAAGGCCGUGGUGCUGGCGCUCUUUGGGGGUCUCCUGGGCCUGAGCCUCUACGGAGCCACGCUGGUGCAGGACGGGCUGGCCCUGACGGAUGUGGUGCCUCGGGGCACCAAGGAGCAUGCCUUCCUGAGCGCCCAGCUCAGGUACUUCUCCCUCUACGAGGUGGCCCUGGUGACACAGGGUGGCUUUGACUACGCCCACUCCCAACGCGCCCUCUUUGAUCUGCACCAGCGCUUCAGCUCUCUCAAGGCUGUGCUGCCCCCCCCAGCCGCCCGGGCGCCCCGCACCUGGCUGCACUAUUACCGGAACUGGCUGCAGGGAAUCCAGGCUGCCUUUGACCAGGACUGGGCUUCCGGGCGCAUUAGCCGCCACUCGUGCCGCAACGGCUCUGAGGAUGGAGCGCUGGCCUACAAGCUGCUCAUCCAGACCGGGGAUGCCCGGGAGCCCCUGGAUUUCAGCCAGCUGACCACGAGGAAGCUAGUGGAUAAGGACGGGCUGAUUCCACCUGAGCUCUUCUAUGUGGGGCUGACCAUGUGGGUAAGCAGUGACCCGCUGGGCCUGGCAGCCUCACAGGCCAACUUCUACCCCCCACCUCCCGAGUGGCUGCACGACAAGUAUGACACCACCGGGGAGAACCUUCGCAGUGAGUCCGGGGUGUGGGGGGGAGGUCGGGAGCCCAGCAGGGGCCUCAGCCUGGGUCCACACAGGCCCUACCCACUGCUCCCCCUGCUCACAGCUCCCCUUCCCUGCCACCCCCUACCAUCUGCAGUCCCGGCAGCCCAGCCCCUGGAAUUUGCCCAGUUCCCCUUCCUACUGCGUGGCCUCCAGAAGACCUCGGACUUCGUGGAGGCCAUCGAGGGGGCCCGGGCAGCGUGCGCCGAGGCAGGCCGGGCCGGGGUGCGCGCCUACCCCAGCGGCUCCCCCUUCCUCUUCUGGGAGCAGUAUCUGGGCCUGCGGCGCUCCUUCCUGCUGGCUGUCUGCAUCCUGCUGGUAUGCACCUUCCUCGUCUGUGCCCUGCUGCUGCUCAACCCCUGGACGGCGGGCCUCAUAGUACUGGUCCUGGCGAUGAUGACUGUGGAGCUCUUUGGCAUCAUGGGUUUCCUGGGCAUCAAACUGAGUGCCAUCCCCGUGGUGAUCCUUGUGGCCUCUGUAGGCAUUGGUGUUGAGUUCACGGUCCACGUGGCUCUGGGCUUCCUGACCACCCAGGGGAGCCGGAACCUGCGGGCUGCCUGUGCCCUGGAGCACACCUUGGCUCCAGUGACCGAUGGGGCUGUCUCCACGUUGCUGGGUCUGCUCAUGCUUGCUGGUUCCAACUUUGACUUCAUCAUAAGGUACUUUUUCGUGGUGCUAACAGUGCUCACACUCCUGGGUCUCCUCCAUGGGCUCGUGCUGCUGCCUGUGCUGCUCUCCAUCCUGGGCCCCCCACCAGAGGUGGUACAGAUGUACAAGGAGAGCCCAGAGGUCCUCAGCCCCCCAGCUCCACGAGAAGGAGGGCUCAGCUGGGGGUUGUCCCCCACCCUUCCCCAGAGCUUUGCCAGAGUGACUACCUCCAUGACAGUGGCCCUCCACCCACCCCCACUGCCUGGUGCCUACAUCCAUCCAGCCUCUGAUGAGCCCACUUGGUCCCCUGUUGCCACACCAGCUGCCAGCGGCUCCAGCAACCUCAGUUCUAGGGGACCAUGUCCAGCCACUGGAUGAAAGAGUGCCUGAAGCAAGGAGACCCUGCUUUGGCCACAUGAGGUCACCAGGAAGCAAUGCGGGGGGGUGCGGGGGUCGUUACUAAAUGCAGAAAGCUGCCUGGAGAACCCCGUUGCUGCUUUCUCUCUUCAUCCCCUCCCCUGCCCCAGCGGUCAUGGAUCUCCCUGCUGUCCUAUGAAACCAGCAGCCUCUGGGCUCAGAGCAGCCUCGACACCGGGCUGUGUGUGUGGGCGCCUGUCCGGAUGGGGGAGAGGCCAGUAAUUCAGGCUGCCGCCAGGCCCUCUUCUCCCCCCACCCCCACACCCCUGUGCUACUGGCCCCUAGCAGACCAAGACGGAGGGGUCCUCUAGCACCCUUUGCGAGGCCUGGGCCCCCCAUGCUUGGC